AUGGGCGAAGCUGUCAAGAAGUUGAUGUACGUCGGACUGUCUGAGCAGAAAGCGAAAGAAACCCUGAAGAAUGAGAGUUUGACCGGCGCUUUGACCGAGAGCUCGGACCAGGUGUUCAAACUGCUCAAUGGAAAGGAAGUCCCGAAAACGACUCGCUCUCUGGUGUACAGCGCAUGUUCGAAAAUCAAGGCUCAAUCCCGUGCUCAACUACCUAUCAUAAUAGAGUACGUGGCGAAAGGACAACUCGACUCCGAAGUGAAGCUGGCCAGCGCUUUGGACUAUUUGCUCUCCAAGCCCGGCGCUGAAGUGAACCGGAAGGAAUUCGAGAAAGCUUCCGGGAUCGGCGUGUCCGUAACUCCGGAGGAAAUCGAGAAAGCUGUUGAAAUCAUAAUUGCUAGACACAGAAGCGAGCUCUUGGAAAACAGAUAUCGAUUCAACGUCGGAACGCUGCUGGCUGAAGCGAGAACGGCUCUGAAAUUCGCUGAUGGCAAGUGUGUCAAGAACGAAGUCGACAUGCAAGUACUCCAUUUGCUUGGACCGAAAACGGAUGAAGAUCUGCAGAUGCGAAUUGCGAAGAAGCCCAAGCCCGUCGCCGCGCCGAAGGUGAAGAAUCGAAAAUCGCAUGUUGUCAGCGAGAGAGAAAAAAAAGUUGAGACGGAAGAAUGCAGGACUAUCCAAGAGCUCAUGAAGAAAGCUAAUUUUCAUAAACCGGGCGAGAACCAUAAAACCGAUGGCUAUCAGAUGACCGAGAACACAAUGAAGCACAUCGCUGCGCAUCUCAAGAGGACUGGCGGGAAGGUUCGCACCCGAUUCCCGCCUGAACCGAAUGGAGUCCUGCAUAUCGGGCACGCAAAAGCCAUAAGUAUAAACUUCGGUUAUGCAGCAGCUCAUGACGGCCUGUGUUUCCUACGCUACGACGAUACGAACCCCGCCAAGGAGGAAGAGAAAUUCUUCAAAGGAAUCCUCGACGCCGUGCAGUGGCUCGGCUAUAAGCCGUACAAAAUAACGUACUCAUCGGAUUAUUUCGACGAACUCUACCGGCUGGCCUGUAUUCUCAUCGAGAGAGAUUUGGCCUACGUUUGUCAUCAAUCGAGUGAGGAUCUCAAAGGUUUCAACCCUCCCCCUUCGCCAUGGAGGAACAGACCUAUCAAAGAGAGCCUCGCUUUGUUCGAGGACAUGAAAAACGGCAAAAUCUACCAAGGUGAAGCGACGUUGCGAAUGAAAAUCACUCUGGAAGAAGGCAAGCAGGACCCCGUCGCGUAUCGGAUCAAAAUGUGUGCUCACCACAGGACAGGCGACAAGUGGUGCAUCUAUCCGACGUACGAUUUCACUCAUUGUCUGUGUGAUUCGAUUGAGGAUAUCACCCAUUCACUGUGUACCAAAGAGUUCCAAUCGCGACGAUCGUCCUAUUACUGGCUGUGCAACGCCGUCGACAGAUACUGCCCCGUACAGUGGGAGUACGGAAGGCUCAAUGUUAAUUACACGGUUGUUUCGAAGCGAAAAAUUGCCAAGCUCAUCUCGGAACGCAUUGUCAGAGAUUGGGACGAUCCCCGACUUUUUACCCUGACAGCACUGAGGAGACGAGGUUUCCCACCCGAGGCCAUCCACUUAUUCUGCGCGAAACUCGGGCUUACCGGUAGCACGAUGGCUGUCGAUCCCAUGAUGUUGGAAAGUUGCGUUCGCGAGGUGCUCAACACAACCGCCAAACGAGUGAUGGCUGUCCUUAACCCGGUCAAGAUGACCAUCGAAAACUUCUCCAAACAACGUUCCUUAGAAAUUACUGUGCCCGACUUCCCCGCGGAGCCCGAACGGGGCUCGCACGUCAUUCCUUUCGCGGAGGUCGUUUAUAUCGACAGAGACGAUUUCCGUGAGAAAAAGCCUGACAAAUCGUACAGACGUCUGUGUCCCGAACAGCCGGUGGGACUGCAUCAUACCGGCUACGUCGCCAGCAUUACAGAAGUGGUCAAGGGAAGCAACGGCGAAGUCAUCGAGCUCAAGGUCACUUGCAAGAAGGUCUCAACGGACGUAGAAAAGCCGAAGGCAUUCAUUCACUGGGUUUCCGACCCUCUUCCAGCCGAAGUUCGACUCUAUGAGAAACUGUUCAUCCAUAAGAACCCCGAGGAUACCAGCGUAGUACCUAAUGGUUUCCUGAGCGACUGCAAUCCGAAUUCUCUGCACGUAUGGAGCAAUGCUCUGGUAGAGAAGACAGUGAAGGAUGCCAAGACGUACGAUCGUUUUCAGUUCGAGAGAGUAGGCUUCUUCAGCGUCGAUCCGGAUUCCAACAGGGAUAAUUGCGGAAAGCUGGUGUUCAACAGGACCGUCACGCUGAAGGAAGAUUCCGGGAAAUAA